AUGUUAGAUUUGUUGGAGGUGCGAGCUUCGUUGGUUGAGGCUAAUGGGUACCGGCUGCAUGUAAAUCUCAUGGCGUACGUGGACGCCAUUGAGGUCACUAGUGAUGUUAGCUACCACUUAUCGAUAGUAUGCACAAGGUCGUUGACCGCUGUGCAAUCGGCUCUAAAGUUACAUCAGCCGGCCUUGAACGACACGGAACAAUGCUCCGCUUCAGGCUAA